CCGGGAAGCGUCUCCAGGCGCUCCCAUGUCCGGAGCGGACGGUAAUGGCGGUGGCAGUGGCGGUGGCAGUGGCGGUGCUGAGGCUGGAGGGUCCCUCCGGCCCUCCGUGACGCCCCGUCCCACCUCCGCAGCUCCCCCUCCCGGGGCUGAACCCGACGCUGAAGCUGAGGGCGGCUCCACGGAGGAUCCCGAUAUGGAGCUGCUGCGAAACCUCCUGGCACGGACGCUGGGGUUGGGCACGGAGCCGCCGGAACGCGUUUUGGAUGAGCUGUCGCUGACGGGAAUCGCCCGGUUUAUGCAGAGCGAGCGCUGCCGUCGCGUGGUGUGCAUGGUGGGCGCCGGGAUCUCCACGGCCGCCGGGAUCCCCGACUUCCGCUCACCCGGAACCGGGCUGUACGCCAACCUGAGCCGCUAUGAACUGCCCUACCCUGAGGCCAUCUUUGACAUCUCCUAUUUCAAGCAACACCCGGAGCCUUUCUUUGCAUUGGCUAAGGAGCUGCUCCCAGGACAGCUGAAGCCCACAGUUUGCCACUACUUCAUGCGGCUGCUGAAGGAGAAGGGGCUGCUGCUGCGCUGCUACACACAGAACAUCGACACGCUGGAGCGCGUGGCAGGGCUGCAACCUGAGGACUUGGUGGAGGCUCACGGCACCUUCCAAACUGCACACUGCCUGCGUUCCUCCUGCCGGCAUCAGUAUGACCUGAGUUGGGUGAAAGAGAAAAUCUUCUCCUCCCUCGUCCCCAAGUGUGACAAGUGCCAGAGCGUGGUGAAGCCAGACAUUGUAUUUUUUGGGGAGAACCUCCCAUCUCGCUUCUUCAGUCUUCUACAGUCGGACUUCCAGAAAGUCGAUCUUCUCAUCAUCAUGGGCACUUCGCUUCAGGUCCAGCCCUUCGCCUCCCUUGUUAGCAGGGUCCCUGCCAGCACCCCCCGGCUUCUCAUCAACAAGGAGAAAACGGGGCAGAGUGAUGCCUUCAUGUCCCUCAUGGGCUUCGGCUGCGGGAUGGACUUCGACUCAGACAAAGCCUACAGGGAUGUGGCCUGGCUGGGGGACUGUGAUGAGGGCUGCCUGGCACUGGCAGAGCUGCUGGGCUGGAAGAAGGAGCUGCAGGAGCUGGUGAGAAAGGAGCACGCCGCCAUUGAUGCCAUGGCAGCCCAGGGGGACACGAGCAGCACCUCGGGGGGUGACCCCAAAUCCCGGAGGGGCCGCGCCGAUGGCUCAGGGGGCCGCACUGAGAGCAGUGGAGCUCCCAGCAAACGCCAGGCAGAUGGCAAAGAGCCGUAGAGAGGAGGAUGGGGACAUUAAACAGCAGCGCAGACGUA